UACGUGACAUUGGCGAAAUACAACGUGCCAAUUUGGCACACCUAAAAGCCCAAAAAAGCAAGAGAAGAAGAAGAAGAAAAUUUUUUACUACUCUAUGCUGAUAACAGUGACCACACAGUGACAUUUGGUGACACUAGUCUGUGGGUAUUUAUUUACUAGUCUGUGGUGGAAACAAUUAAAAUUAUAUCAUUUUUACUUACUUAUUUGUUUUCUCAUUCAAUUUUCAAAAAUAUUUAUAUAAGUUAUAGUAUGUAAAGAAUAUAAAGAAAUAACAAUAAACAAUUAACUUGCAAUUUGAUUGGUGUGAGAUAUGGUUCAGAAGAGAAUAUUAUAAUUAUAUGUUAAAUGGUUCACCAGUACAACAUGUCAACUAAAAAGCUUGUAUACAAAAUUAAAAGGGACGAUGAAGAUUCAGAAACGUUGAAGUCCACAUGUUUUCAAAUAAGUCCCGAUGUGGAACUCAAAGAUGUCCCUACAAAUGGCGAAGAAUACCUUCUGAAAGUUAAAAAAGAAAGAGAAAGAUAUUCUUCUAUUCUUAAGUGUAAUAAAGACUAUUCUAUAUUUGCUCCUAAUCAAUCUCAGUUUGUAGAAGAGCUAUCUCACGCUAAGGCACCGGACAAUCUAAAACCCACAAUAGAAUGGCAAAAUAUUCAAGUUGCAGAUUUUUCUGAAGUACGUAUGUACAUAUCAAGACUUUUAAACAAAAGGUCUGCCUGGCCGCCUAAUACGAGGAGGCUAGAUUCCUCUUUAUGUGACCAAAAUGGUAAAAAUGCAGCAAUAUGGUUAAAGAUGUUUAGAACUGAAGAAUCAUCAUUAUCUUGUGUAAUAGGCAUUCAUCAAGCUUUUAUAGACAUUGCCUUGCAAGUAAUGACAGAUAUUAUACUAGAUGAUGUCAAACCGGGUGGCACGAUAACUCAUAAAACAGGUGAAUAUCAAAAUUGUCAAUGGAUUUAUGCAUUACUUGCAUGCACUAGGCAGCCUCUGGUCUCAGAUACAGUGAGCAUAUUAAGAGAUUUAGCAAGAAAAUGUGCAAAGAUCAGAUCAAAUUUAAACACAGAAGAUGAGAAUUCAAAACAUGCUGCUGCCCCAUUAAACCUGUUCAUAUGCUUGGUGUCCCGAUACUUCAGACAGUAUGACUUAGCAGACUGAAAGUUAAAUUAUUAAACUUAUGUGAUUCCUUAUCCUAUACUGACAAGGGUAUUUUGAAACCCAUUUGCUUGUAAUUGCUCUAGAUUUACAUGUGUCUAUUGAAGAAGAUAAUAUGUGAGUAAGACAGUAACAUGAUAUUAGGAUCUUUCAAAUUGAACAAAUUUGAAAGAUGCUAAUAUAAAGCAGUAGUAGAGCUGUUUGUGGCAGUACUUGUCCGGGGAAGAUCUACCGCCCUAUUUCUGCCGCCAAUCAGCCGGUUACUACGCUGGUGCUAUGUUCCGGUCUGAGUAGCGUGGUUGCUGAUGUAAUUACAGGCUCGUGGCUUAACACAUAUGCCUCAAGUUGAUGGACUAAUCGCAGAAGUUUCUAGUAAGACGGAAAGGCGUUGCAUGCCGUGCGAAGUGUUGUUCUUUAUAUAGGCGAUGGCUUUCCUCUAUAUCAUAUGGGCCAUCAGCUUUGUCUGUCAAUUAUAAGGAUAAUAAAGGGGGAUGGGAAAAAUGUUGCGAGGUUAUUCCAUUGUUAGAAAAUGACAUUAUAAUCUGUGCAAUUACUAGUUA